AUGCCUUUGAUAAUGUACGAGGACAUUUUCUCCAGCUUCAUCCAGCUCUCUACUGCAGCCUCUAUUGGAGUUAAAAAGGACUGGCUCCCGAGAGAGCUGAACUCGGUGGCGUCGGAGCUGGCUGGCCGGCAGGAGGAGAGCGAGGACUCCCACAAGCACUUGGUGGAGCUGAGCCGAGAGUUCAAGAGAAAUGUCCCGGAGGAAGUCCGGGAGAUGGUGGCACCUGUUCUCAAGAGUUUCCAGGCCCAGGUGGUUGCUCUGAACAAGCGCAGUAAAGAGGCAGAGUCUGCCUUCCUGGGGAUCUACAAGCAGCUGAUCGAGGCUCCAGACCCUGCCCCUGUGCUGGAGGCGUCGCGCUGUCUGGAGGAGCGGCUGCAGCGGCUGCACAGCUCGGCCCCUGAAGGAGCCGCCCUGGUCCAGGAGAUCUCUGGGCUUUGGCAACAACACCUGCAGUGCCUUAAACACACAGAGGACAGUGCAGUCAUCCCAGUCUCAGACUCAGAACUCAUGACCCCCAACAGCACCCCGGCCCCUGGGGCCCCGGGGUCCCCUCAGCAGAAUCACCAGGACCAGGCACAAGACAGAAGGGAAGAGGAGGAGAGCUCAGAAGUGAGUCUGACACAGAGACUGUCCGAGGCAGAGGAGAAGAUUAAGGCUUUACAUUCCUCUUUGGACACGGCUCAGACUGAGCUGCGGGACCUGCGCUGCAAAUACAACGACGAGAUGACUAAAAAAGCCGAGGAGGUCCGCAGCAUCAUGGCCGACCUGGAGACGACGAGCCGGAAAGCUGAAACGGCACAGACAGAGGUGGAGAGGCUAAAGGAGCAGUUAGCCAGCUGUGAUCCUGAAGAGGGCGCCACCAGGGAUAAAAGUGACUACUCGGCGCUGGGGCCCUCUCAGCUGGAGGCGGUGCUUGUGGCCAAAGACAGAGAGAUCCUGCGGCUCCUCGAGAACAUCCAGCGGCUGCAGUACACGCUCCAGGAAGUGCAGGAGAGCUCGGCCAAUCAGAUUGUGGAGCUGGAGAGGCAGCUGGCCUAUAAAGCAGAAGCUAUUGAGAGAUUAGAAGCUAAAUUGCAAUCCCAGAUGGACUAUGAAGAGAUUAAAACUGAACUCAGUAUCUUAAAGGUCAUGAAACUGGCUUCAGCGAACGGCAACUCCACACAGGAUUCUGCCAAAGCUACAGAGGCACUUUUGUUGGAUAAAGAGGCCUUUCUUCCCUCUCACAAAUACCUGGUGGACAAGGCCCGGCUUUUGCACAGUAACGAUGAAGAGCGCUCUGAGGACGGCGGCCGGGAUUCGGGGCGCCCCCUUGUGUCCCACUCGUCCUCCUCCCACACAGAAGCUUCCCCCGGCGCGCCCCCCACCCCGACCCCGGACACAUCCUCCGCUUCCAGCACCACCGCCCACGACCUGGCCCGGCCCUUCUCCGCCUCCCCCAGCUCCGUCGACCGACUCUCGGCCGACCACAUCAUCCACAAGCAACUCUUCUCCCCGCACUUCAAGAAGGAGGCUCUCAUGGCCUUCCCCACCGCCCUGUACGCAGCCAAAGUCGCACUUAUGGCCGGCUCCCAGGGGCCCGGAAGCGGCGGAGGAGGAGGAGGAAUGGGCAGCGGGGAACACGGGCAUCACUCCAGCGAUCACUCGGAAAGCGGGAGCUCGACGGGAGAAGACGACCAGGUGGACACGGCGGAGAUCGCGUUUCAAGUCAAGGAACAGCUCCUCAAGCACAACAUCGGGCAGAGGGUGUUCGGCCACUACGUCCUGGGGCUCUCUCAGGGGUCGGUGAGCGAGAUCUUGGCCCGGCCUAAGCCCUGGAGGAAGCUGACGGUGAAGGGGAAGGAGCCCUUUCUGAAGAUGAAGCAGUUUUUGUCUGAUGAGCAGAACAUCCUGGCACUGAGGACCAUCCAAGUUCGACAGAGAGGGAGCAUCACGCCGCGAAUCCGAACUCCUGAAACUGGGUCAGACGAUGCCAUCCGGAGCAUCCUGGAGCAGGCCAAGAAGGAGAUCCAGUCCCAGAGGGGAGACACUAAGUCCUCCCUGAACAGCUUGUCCAGCCGCAGCAGUAACGGGGGCAGCAGCAGCUCAGACGACACCAUCAAGUCCAUCCUGCAGCAGGCGCGCAGAGAGAUGGAGGCCCAGCAGCACACCCUCAUGGAGAUGGAGGUGUGCGGCCGCGCUCCCAGUGUCGGGGCGCAGGUGGAGCGCCUGGGCCCCCCGGAGAGGUCUCGAGUCCCGCCCUUCCCCAUCUCCAUCAAACAGGAGGAGGGUGGCUGUGUGACUGUGUGCAUGGCCAGUUCUAUCAGCAGCCCGCAGACACCGCUCAGUGUCCUGUCUCCGGCGGCGUUCGUCCAAAACAUCAUCCGAAAAGUCAAGUCUGAGAUCGGGGAGGCGGGCACGUACUUCGAUCAGCACUGGUCCCAGGAGCGCGCGGCUUUGGGGCUGGCGGGGGGCAGCUCCAGGCCGUAUAACUCUGUGUCUCCUUCCCUGUCGUCCUCCUCGUCCGGGCCCCCCGCGCUGUCUCGGCCCUGGCCCCGGCUGGAGAACGGAGAGGCUCUGCCCAACAGCGAGGAGGCGUCUGCGGCAGAGGACGAGCUGUGCCUGGGACGUCCUGUGGAGGUGAAGGUGGAGUCCGACACCUCAGUCAGUGGGGAGUCUCCUGGUCCUGUCUCGGGGCGCCUCUCCUAUUACCCGGCCUACAUCCCCCGUGCCCUGAAGCCCACCGUCCCACCCCUCACCCCAGAGCAGUAUGAGAUGUACAUGUACCGCGAGGUGGACACCAUCGAGCUCACGCGACAGGUCAAAGAGAAACUGGCCAAAAACGGAAUCUGCCAGAGGAUCUUUGGAGAAAAGGUGCUGGGCCUGUCGCAGGGCAGUGUGAGCGACAUGUUGUCUCGUCCCAAACCCUGGAGCAAACUGACUCAGAAAGGCAGAGAGCCCUUCAUUCGGAUGCAGCUGUGGCUCCUGGAUCAGCUGGGACAGAGCCUCAGCCAGCCCCUCAGCCAGGGCCUUGCUCAGGACAAAAGCCCGGUGACAGCCCACUCCUCGCCCUCUCCGUCCCCCAGCCCUGACACCCACAGCCCCCUGGAGCCCGUCAGCCUGUCCCUGGAGAGCAGUAAGGAGAACCAGCAGCCUCCUGUGGUGCUGGGGCUGCCUCCUCAUCCUGACCACAGCCUCCUCCUGCAGCCGCCCUCCUCCGCUCCGCUGGGCAUCCAGGAGCUGGUGGCCAUGUCCCCGGAGCUCGACACGUACGCCAUCACCAAGAAGGUCAAGGAGGUGCUGACCGACAACAACCUGGGCCAGCGUCUGUUUGGGGAGACCAUCCUGGGCCUGACUCAGGGCUCUGUGUCGGACCUGCUGUCUCGGCCCAAACCGUGGCACAAACUGAGUCUGAAGGGCCGAGAGCCGUUUGUCCGAAUGCAGCUGUGGCUCAACGACCCCCACAACGUCGACAAGCUCCGGGCCAUGAAGAAGAUCGAGAAGAAAGCUUACCUGAAGCGGCGGUAUGGCCUCCUGAGCACUGGAUCGGACAGUGACUCCCCCACAGCCCGUUCUGAGUGUGUUAGUCCGGCCCUGGGUUCUCUGGACCUCUGCCCCUUCAGUCAGGCUAAGAAGCCCCGGGUGGUGCUGGGAGCAGAGGAGAAAGAGGCGCUGAGGAAAGCCUACCUCCUGGAGCCCUACCCCUCACAAAACACCAUCGAGAUGUUGGCUGCACAGCUCAACCUCAGGACCAACACAGUCAUCAACUGGUUCCACAACUACAGGUCUCGAAUGCGGCGAGAGGUUCUAAUGGAGGGCCUACAGGACAACGACACCGACCACCUGAGCUACUCCCCUCCCUCUGACGGCGAGGAGAGGCGAGCCCAGCACCCCUCCGCUCACUCGGGACGUCCCGCCAGUGCUUUCCCCCACGUCAAACAAGAGGACAGGGACGACGAGCGAGUCCAGUGCAUCUCCGCGGCCUCGCAGUUCCCGCUAAUCAAAACUGAACUCGACGAAUCGGUCUCCGCAAGAUUAUCCGGUCAGAAGCAGGAAGACGCGCCGUCGAAAGCCACGCAGUGUAAAUACGAGGGGGACGAAUCGGGCAAGUCUCCCGUGGAUCCGGUCAGCUUCAAGGCCUCAUCCGAACCGUCCCGUAGCAGCCUGGAGGUGUCGCUCAACUCCCCCUCCGCAGCCUCCUCCCCCGGCCUCAUGAUGUCCGUGUCUCCCGUCCCGUCCUCUUCCGCCCCCAUAUCCCCGUCCAUACCCAAUCCGCCGUCGACCAGCACGGACGGGAAAACGAAUCGAAGCACUCAGAGACGCAAUGAGAAAAUGGCAAACCUCAAUAACAUCAUCCACAGGUUAGAAAGGGCUGCCAACCGCGACGAAACGCUGGAAUGGGAGUUUUGA